CUUAACAAAUCCAAUCGAUCAUAUUCAGAUCCCCAAUUUCCCAUCCAUUUUUCUAGUGCGAGAAAAAGAGAGAAAAUGGCAGGAAUCAUACACAAGAUAGGAGAGACCCUCCACAUAAGAGGCCGAAAGGAAGGCGAGAAGCAACACAAAGAAGGUGAGCACAAGGGAGAGUACCAUGGCGAUAUGCACAAAUCGGAAGACUACGAAGGAGACAAGCACAAAUCUGAAGGAAAGAAGCACAAAUCGGAGCACCAUGGAGAUGAGCACAAGGAAGGAGGGUUCAUGAGCAAGAACCAUGGUGGUGGUGAUCAUCAUGAUCAUGAGGAGAAAGGUGAGAAAAAGAAGAAGGAGAAGAAGAACAAGCACGAGGAUGGACACAAACACCAUGGUCAUGACAGCAGCGACAGUGAUAGCGAUUAGAUCGCUCGCUCGCUUUAUACUUCUUCUCCUACACUACUUC